CGGCAGGCAGUGGGAGUGCCAGCUGCUGCCUGCGAGCAUUGUUUGGUGGCUCUCUCCUGUCCCAGCUCAGCAGCGGCUGUGGCCUUCCUCCUGCAGACAUCUCCCCUGGGAUGGGCCCUGUGUGCCUCCCUUCACCCUCUUGUCUGUCCUUAACUUGCUGCUUUGCAGAAUCCCCCGAGGGCCUGUGCAGCAGCCUCUGGAGGACCGGAUCUUCGCCCCAGCAGUCUCCGCUGUGUACAGCACAGUUACGCAAGUUGCAAGACAGCCGGGGGGGCCUGCCCCCUCCCCUUACUCUGCGCAUGAACUCAGCAAGGGGCACCCAGCCCUUGCUGCAACACCCCCUGGACACGCAUCUUCUCCUGGGCUCACCCAGCAGCCAGGAGGGAGGAGGGAGAGAAGCUUCCCACCCCACCCAAGAGCCAGCAGUCUUUUUGAAGAUCCAAGGGAACUGGUGCAAAGGAUUCUGGGAUGUGGGAUGGCCCCUUACCCCUCUGGACAGAACACAGCGCCGACCACCCUGGUCUACCCGCAGGCCCCUCAGACGAUGAGCACGCAGCCUCAAACACGCUCUCCGUUUGCAGCGGGGCCUCGACCUGCCCAUCACCAGUUUUUCCAGCGACCUCCAAUACAGCCUCCUAGAGCAACCCUUCAGAACAGCAACCCUUCCCUUCGUCCUGGGGCACAAACGCCAGCAGCUGUCUAUCAAACCAAUCAGCACAUCAUGAUGGUGAACCACCUGCCAAUGCCCUAUCCGAUGCCUCAAGGCCCCCAGUACUGUAUCCCACAGUAUCGUCACAGCGGCCCUCCCUACGUGGGGCCUCCGCAACAGUACCCUGUGCAGCCACCAGGGCCGGGCCCGUUUUAUCCAGGACCGGGGCCUGGAGAGUUUCCCAAUGCCUACGGAGCACCUUUCUAUCCAAGUCAGCCGGUGUAUCAGUCAGCACCCAUCAUAGUGCCUACGCAGCAGCAGCAGCAGCAACAGCAGCCCCUCCCACCCACCAAGCGGGAGAAGAAAACGAUUCGCAUCCGGGACCCAAACCAAGGGGGCAAAGACAUAACAGAAGAAAUUAUGUCUGGCGGAGGUAGCAGAAACCCUACACCUCCGACUGUUCGGCCCACAUCGACACCCACUCCCCCACAGCAGCUGUCCAGCCAGGUCCCAGAGCACAGCCUCACGGCCUACGGGACUGCAGAUACCUCUCCUCUUGUUGGCAGCAUCCCCGUCACUGCAGCUGGCGACCUGAAGCAAGAAGAGAAGCCUAAAGCAGAUCCAGUAUUAAAAUCUCCUUCCCCUGCCCUCAGACCAGAACCUAGUGGAGAGAGAAAAGACCCAGCAGGCCUGGCAGACGAGAGCCCUGCCUCCCCAGAGACCUCCCCAGAGCCUCCUCUGGCUGCUUUGCCCUCCCCAGUCGCAGUACUGGCUGCUUCUGCACCUGGUAAACCUUCGUUUGCAGCAGACUUUGAGGACCAAUGUGAACUUGCUUCCUCCAAAGUGGAAGCCACACUUCUUCUCGGGGCAGCCCCCUGUGGGGAAACACCUGCCAGUCCCCCUGCAGAGGAGAGCAGCACAGACAUCUGCAGAGAGCCCAGACGAGUGGUCCUGAGUGAGAGCCACGUAACUGCUUGCACCAGUCUAACGAACGAACUUAAUGGAGUCAGCGAUCGGGUGACUGUGACUGAUGGUGUUGUAGAGCAAGAGGGAGCCACAGGAGGGAGCUCCCAGGAGGGAGCUCCCCCGAUGGUGGAGCCGGAAGCCCCGGAAGCUGCUCAGGCCGAAGUGGAAAGCGUGCCUGCACCUUCAGCCCCUGCAGUUCUUCCUGCUCCUCCCUCUCCGCCUCCCAGCCCUCCCCUCUCCGUUGCUGCCAGCCCUCCUCCUACCCCUUCCCCGCUCCCGGGUGCCCUCCCUGCUCUCCAGGGAGACUUGGAAGGAGAGGAGAUCACAAGAACUGUCCUCUGCGAAGAAGACGACACACCAGAAGCUCUAGGGAGAGAGGAGCCAGACGCAGCAGCAGAGAGUCAUCCCGAGGAGAACGCCUCCGAGUCUUGGGAGGGCCUGAACGCAAGGAAGGGCCAUGGGCCAGCCCAACCAGCUGUAACUGCACCAAAGACGUGGAAGAAACCAAAAGACCGGAGCCAAGCCGUUGAGGAGGUGGAGGCUGAGUCCAAGCCGCCUCAAGUGGAAGAGGAGCGGAGAGCCGAGCUAAGACUUGAAGAAUCUGAGCAAGAGGCAGUGAGUCAUGGGAGAGACUCCCCCUUUGACCUUAAAAUAGCAAAAGUCGUGGAAGAAAACGGGGAACAGGAAGGGGGUGAGCCCAUCCGCAAUGGCGCUGAGAAUGUUUUGGAGGGGGAAGGAGGCGACGGGCAAGCAGGCUGCCUUGACAGUCCGAGCGAAGGUCCACCUUGCCAGUAUAAGCCAGAGCAGUGGAAGCCCCUGGACUCCAACGGGAAGAAGCAGUAUGACCGGGAGUUCCUCCUGGACUUCCAGUUCAUGCCUGCCUGCAUUCAGAAGCCAGAGGGAUUGCCACCCAUCAGCGAGGUUGUCCUUGACAAGAUCAAUCAGCCAAAGCUGACUCUCCGAACGUUGGAUCCUCGCAUCUUGGCACGGGGUCCAGAUUUCACACCAGCGUUUGCUGAUUUUGGUAGACAGAUCCCUGGUGGACGGGCGGCAGCCGCAAGUGCCUGCAAAGUGCAGCCCCCUCCUGGCCUCCAGUCUCUUGCUCGGUGUGGCACCCCAGCCUGCCCUUUGUUGGUCUCUCACCCACCCCUGCGGAACCUGUCGAUAGGGCUGUUGAAUGUUGGGCCACGGAGAUCUCAGCCUGGUCAGAGGCGAGAGCCCCGAAAGAUCAUCACGGUUUGCGUCAAAGAGGACAUCCACCUGAAGAAAUCCGAGAAUGCCUGGAAGCCCAGCCUGAAACGUGAGACGCAGCCAGAAGACCCCGAGAGCAUCAAGACCCAGGAGCUGUUCCGCAAAGUGCGAAGUAUCUUGAACAAGCUGACCCCGCAGAUGUUCAAUCAGCUAAUGAAGCAAGUGACCGAUCUAACUGUGGACACAGAAGAAAGGCUGAAAGGCAUCAUUGACCUGGUGUUUGAGAAGGCGAUUGAUGAGCCCAGCUUCUCUGUGGCCUAUGCGAACAUGUGUCGAUGUCUUGUCACGCUAAAAGUGCCCAUGGCAGAGAAGCCUGGAAGCACCGUCAAUUUCCGCAAGUUGCUGCUGAAUCGCUGCCAGAAGGAAUUUGAAAAGGACAAAGCUGACGAUGAUGUCUUUGAGAAAAAGCAGAAGGAGCUGGAAGCUGCCACCACGCCGGAGGAGAGGACACGGCUUCACGAUGAGCUGGAGGAGGCCAAGGACAAGGCCCGCCGGCGCUCCAUUGGCAACAUCAAGUUCAUUGGAGAGCUCUUCAAGCUGAAGAUGCUGACGGAGGCCAUCAUGCACGACUGCGUGGUGAAGCUGCUGAAGAACCACGACGAGGAGUCCUUGGAGUGCCUCUGCCGCCUCUUGACCACCAUUGGCAAAGACUUGGACUUUGAGAAAGCCAAGCCUCGAAUGGAUCAGUAUUUCAACCAAAUGGAGAAGAUAGUGAAAGAGAGGAAAACUUCAUCUAGGAUCCGGUUCAUGCUUCAAGAUGUCAUAGACCUCAGGCAGUGUAACUGGGUAUCACGAAGGGCAGAUCAAGGCCCCAAGACAAUAGAACAGAUCCAUAAAGAAGCAAAAAUUGAAGAGCAGGAGGAGCAACGGAAAGUCCAGCAGUUGAUGACCAAAGAGAAGAGGAGGCCUGGAGGAGUCCAGAGGGUGGAGGAUGGGGGCUGGAACACUGUGCAAGGGGCGAAGAACAGCCGUGUUCUGGACCCCACCAAGUUCCUUAAAAUCACAAAGCCCACAAUUGAUGAAAAGAUCCAGCUUGUGCCUAAAGCCCAGCUGGGCAGCUGGGGAAAAGGCAGCAGUGGCGGAGCGAAGGUCAGCGAGAUUGAUUCCCUACGACCAAGUGCCACUAGUUUGAACCGCUUCUCUGCACUGCAGCCUCCCGUGUCAUCCGUGUCAGCGUCUGUCACCUCGUCAGAAUUGGACUCUCGCCGGGCCUUAACCAGUCGUGGGAGCUCGGGCAGGGAGAAGAAUGACAAGCUGCUGCCCUCUUCUGUUUCCCGGCCCGGCACCUUCCUGCGGGGCAGCAGCAGCAAAGAACUCCUCCUGGACAACCAAGCUCAAGAGGAGCAGCGGCGGGAGAUGCUGGAGACAGUGAAACAGUUAACUGGUGGCCUGGAGAGUGACCGGAACAGCACGGAGGCAGACCGGAGCAAAGUCAAGGAAGUGGCCAAAGUUGAGAUUCCCACCUACCCUGCCCAAGACAGCAAGCCUGCCCUGUCAGACGAGGAAGUGGAGAGAAAGUGCAGAUCAAUCAUUGAUGAAUUCUUGCACAUUAACGACUACAAGGAAGCAAUGCAGUGUGUGGAGGAGCUGAACGUUCCGGAUGUGCUGCCUGUCUUCGUGCAAGUGGGAGUGGAAUCCACCCUUGAGAGGAGCCAGAUCACCAGAGAUCACAUGGGCCAGUUGCUGUAUCAGCUGGUGCAGUCAGAAAAACUAAGCAAGGAGGACUUCUUCAAGGGGUUUUCAGACACUUUGGAGACCGCAGAUGACAUGGCUAUUGAUAUCCCACACAUCUGGUUGUACUUGGCUGAGCUAGUGACCCCCAUGUUAAAAGAAGGAGGGAUCUCUAUGCGAGAACUUCUGACAGAAUUUAGCAAGCCUCUGCUUCCAGUCGGAAGAGCCGGGAUCUUACUUUCCGAAAUGCUGCACCUUCUAUGCAAACAAAUGAGCCAUAAGAAAGUGGCAGCCUUGUGGAGGGAGGCUGGCCUCAGCUGGAAAGACUUCUUACCAGAAGGAGAAGAGGUCCAGGCAUUUCUCAUGGAGCAGAAGUUGGACUUCACAGAGACUGACAGUUCCGGUUCCUCAGAAGCACUUUCAAAGAAAGAACUCUCUGCUGAAGAGCUGAACAAACAGCUGGAGAAACUCAUUAUGGAGGACAAGGCGAACGACGAGCAGAUCUUUGACUGGGUAGAGGCAAAUCUAGAUGAAAGCCAGAUGAGUUCACCGACAUUCCUUAGAGCUUUAAUGACAGCAGUUUGUAAAGCAGCUAUUAUAGUGGAUAGUUCUAGCUUACGAGUGGACACUGCUGUUAUCAAGCAGAGAGUGCCGAUCUUACUUAAGUACCUAGGCUCGGACACGGAGAAGGAACUACAAGCACUUUACGCACUACAAGCAUCAAUAGUAAAACUUGAUCAGCCUCCUAAUUUGUUACGGAUGUUUUUCGAUUGCCUGUACGAUGAGGAAGUGAUAUCAGAGGAUGCCUUCUACAAAUGGGAAAGCAGCAAAGACCCAGCAGAGCAGAAUGGGAAAGGUGUAGCGCUUAAAUCAGUCACGGCCUUCUUUACGUGGCUUCGGGAAGCCGAAGAGGAGUCGGAGGAUAAUUAAAACUGAAUACAAAAAAAAAAACAAUUUAAGUAUUUUUUUUUAACAAAGGUUCAUGUCUUCGCCAAUCACAGUGCAGCAAGGCCAAUUCUCGCGCAGAACCCCCCCCCCCUUCUCCCGCAUGUGCACGAGCGGGAGAGGAAAAAAUAGAUGUAAACGCAAAAGGUGAUCAUGGAGGACGGAAAACUACUUGAAAAUUCAAGUCCACUUCAAACCUGAGGGCAGGAGCACUAAACCAAAAUACAUCUAUUAUUUAUAGAAAAUAUUUUCUGUUUUAAUCUUUUUCCUUUUUAAACAAGGACUCAUACUUUAAAAAGAAACAAAUCUGUUUAGGAAAAAAAGUGGGAACUUUUAAUUUAUUAUUCUAAGGACUGCAAAUGUCAGUGUAAUUUUUAAAUUUGCAGUUUCUGUAACAAAUUGUAAAAUAGACAAAAAAGCAGAGAAAUAAAUUUCCCUCCCUUGCAGAUCCACCUCAGUUUUGUUUCAGAGCACGGUAGCUGUGUAAUAAAUCCUCAAGGGGGUUGGGAAUGAGCUAGCGGAGGGGAGGAACUCUUCACAAAUGGCCACCAGACCUUUCUGCCCGCCUCUGAGCUUGCUUCCAAAAAAAAGAACAAAAAGAACAAAGCGUGACAUUGGAACCGAAGGAGCGAGUUUGAAAAACCAGCUGUGGACCAGACUGCUUGGGAUACCUGGCUGAGUGCAAACAAGUGCUGCCCUGGAGAAGGAGGAAUUAGUAGCAGUCCUUUCAGAACCUCUAGUGCAACUUUACAGCUUGUAAAUACAUAGAACAAAUAUUUAAAAAAGAAAGAAAUUGACUCCAUACUAUUUCUUUUCAUUUUCAAAUUAUAAAGAACAAAAUAAAGACAACCUUGCAAGUUUAAAA